AUAGAUCUUCCAACAUUGCUACUCUCUACACAUUAAUAAUCACACACUUCAUAUACCAAUUAUUAUUUUCCAGUCCAAUACUACUGGUCCUGGAUUGGGUUAGUCAUCUCCUUGCUCCUUGCUCCUUGCUCCUUGCUCCUUGCUCCUUGCUCUACAAUUUAAGAGAGAGAAAGAAGAGAGAGAAACUGCAGCCAGACCAAUCUCAUGGCUUCUUCAACUACCAAUCCUUUGCUCUCCUCAAAGUUUUUUGGUACCCAAAUCUUACUCUCACCCCCAACGCCCAAAACCGCCAAAUCUCUACCUUUUCUCUGUAAAAGAAAGCUUUUAGUACCACAAUCAAUUCUCAACAGAAAACCCAACAAUUCACAAACCCUAAACAGCAUAUCAUCACAUGCCACUUUAGCUGCUCUACUCUUCUCUACAAUCUCCCCACAAGCCCUAGCCCUAGACAGUCCCACCCCACCCACUACUCCUCCAUCUGUAAUUCAAGCUGAAGCCACCAAACCCAAUUCAUCACCCUUUUCCCAAAAUCUGCUCUUGACUGCCCCAAAACCACAAACCCAGACCGACCUUCCAGAGGGCAGUCAAUGGCGAUACAGCGAGUUCUUGAAUGCUGUGAAGAAGGGCAAAGUCGAGAGGGUUCGAUUCAGUAAAGACGGCAGUGCCCUCCAGCUCACCGCCGUGGACGGUCGCCGAGCCACCGUGAUUGUCCCCAAUGACCCGGACCUGAUUGAUAUUUUGGCGAUGAACGGCGUCGACAUAUCGGUCGCGGAGGGUGAUUCCGGCAAUGGGUUGUUCAGUUUUAUCGGGAAUUUGAUCUUCCCAUUCAUUGCCUUUGCUGGAUUGUUCUUCCUCUUCCGGCGAGCUCAGGGGGGGCCCGGUGGGCCUGGCGGACUUGGCGGUCCGAUGGACUUUGGCAGGUCCAAGUCAAAAUUCCAGGAGGUUCCGGAGACUGGAGUGACAUUUGCUGAUGUUGCCGGAGCUGAUCAGGCGAAAUUGGAGUUGCAAGAAGUUGUUGAUUUCUUGAAAAACCCUGAUAAGUACACUGCUCUUGGUGCAAAAAUCCCGAAAGGGUGUCUUUUGGUUGGACCACCCGGUACCGGGAAGACCCUUUUGGCCCGGGCAGUGGCCGGUGAGGCCGGGGUGCCAUUCUUCUCGUGUGCAGCAUCAGAAUUUGUAGAAUUGUUUGUGGGUGUUGGUGCUUCAAGAGUUCGGGAUUUGUUUGAGAAGGCGAAGUCGAAAGCACCUUGCAUUGUGUUUAUUGAUGAGAUUGAUGCAGUGGGGAGGCAGAGAGGGGCAGGACUUGGAGGAGGGAAUGAUGAAAGAGAGCAAACUAUUAAUCAGCUCUUGACAGAAAUGGAUGGAUUUUCGGGUAAUUCGGGUGUUAUAGUGUUGGCUGCAACUAAUAGGCCGGAUGUUCUUGAUUCUGCAUUGUUGAGGCCGGGGAGGUUUGAUCGCCAAGUCACGGUGGACAGGCCAGAUGUGGCUGGGAGAAUUAAGAUCCUUCAGGUUCACUCUAGAGGAAAGGCACUUGGAAAAGAUGUGGACUUCGAGAAAAUUGCAAGGAGAACUCCAGGAUUCACGGGAGCCGACUUGCAAAAUUUGAUGAAUGAAGCAGCCAUUCUUGCAGCAAGGCGUGACCUCAAGGAAAUAAGCAAAGAUGAAAUAUCUGAUGCUCUAGAAAGAAUAAUUGCAGGACCAGAGAAGAAAAAUGCUGUUGUCUCGGAGGAGAAGAAGAAACUAGUAGCAUAUCAUGAGGCCGGGCAUGCUUUGGUUGGUGCGCUAAUGCCUGAAUAUGAUCCAGUAGCCAAGAUAUCCAUCAUUCCUCGCGGACAAGCUGGUGGCCUUACCUUUUUCGCUCCAAGUGAAGAGAGACUGGAAUCUGGACUGUACAGCAGGAGUUACCUAGAGAAUCAGAUGGCUGUUGCACUUGGUGGAAGGGUUGCCGAAGAAGUUAUCUUUGGCCAAGAGAAUGUGACAACAGGAGCAUCUAAUGACUUCAUGCAAGUUUCAAGAGUGGCAAGACAGAUGGUAGAGAGAUUUGGGUUCAGCAAAAAGAUUGGACAAGUUGCCAUCGGUGGACCUGGUGGAAAUCCUUUCUUAGGUCAACAGAUGUCGUCCCAGAAAGAUUACUCUAUGGCAACUGCUGAUGUGGUGGAUGCUGAGGUACGAGAGCUGGUAGAGAAUGCAUACACGAGGGCCAAGCAGAUCAUUACAACCCACAUUGACAUCCUCCACAAACUUGCUCAACUUCUCAUAGAGAAAGAAACUGUAGAUGGGGAGGAGUUCAUGAGCCUAUUCAUUGAUGGCAAGGCUGAGUUAUAUGUCGCCUAAUUACUUCUUUUAACCCCAAAACUGUGUUGUAUUACAAUCUUCACAUACAUAUGUACACAACAAACCAAUUUUAUAUUUCAACAGAUGCUGAAAAUAUGACAUA